AUGACCCGAUACAACCAGCAAGGAGUGACAAAGGACCUCGAAGAAGCAAUUGAGUUGGACCGAGUUGCCCUCGAGCUUCUCCCCGAAGGCCAUCCUGAUCGCUCCUUUACACUAUGGGGCCUUGCAAGUUCCUUAUAUGCUCAGAUUGAGAAUCAAUGGGACACAGAGGAGUUCGAGGAAUGUAUGCAAUUGCUACAUCUUGCUGCUACACAUGAAUUUUCAGGACUGUCGGAUCGCCUUCCUGCUGCACGGCAAUGGGCAACACUUGCGCGAUCGCACAAGCAUCACUCGGCCUGUUUAGCUUACCAAACAGCCAUAAACAUACUUCAGCAUGCUCUCGUCAUACAUCCAACCCUCCGCGAACAGCACGACUUUCUCGCCGGUAAAAAUGUUUACAAGACGCUGGUCUCGGAGGCGGCGUCCCUUGCGAUAGAGGAAAACGAAUUGGAGCAAGCGGUGGAGAUACUAGAGCAAGGAAGGGGCUUACUUUGGUCGCAGAUGCGUGGCCUUCGGACUCCCCUGGACCAGCUUGCGCAAACGAACGAGGAACUCGUUGACAGAUUCAGGGACGUCAAUCGCCGACUGGAGAACCUUGUAACAUCGCACGAGACGUUAAUGUCUGACUCAAGAAUGGAUGGUGGCAAAUUACUUCGGCUGGGCAACAAAGUGGGACAGAAAUUGUUUGAUGAGGAGUUGAAACUAAAGAAGCAACUUUCGCUUGAGCAAGAGGGAAUUAUAAACGAGAUUCGACAAGUGCCUGGAUUCAAGAGCUUCCUAAAAGCUAUGCCGUUCAAAGAAUUGCAACGGGCAGCAUCAGAGGGGCCGAUCAUCAUUGUGAACCAUAGCGAAUAUCGCUCCGAUGCCCUCAUUAUCUUCUUUCAUGACGUUCAUUCCGUAGUAUGCGUCUCGUUGGACAUGGAGUUCUAUGGGGACAGUAUAAAGCUAUGUAACGAACUUGUUAACACACGACAACGGCUCAAAUCGCAUCCGAUGAAAUAUGAAGAGAAACUUUGCGAAGCAAUGAAGAUGUUAUGGGAUAGAGUCGUCUCCAAAGUUGUUGGCAGACUAACGGAAAUCGGGGUGACAAAGAGGUCUCGUAUAUGGUGGUGUCCUACAUCAGUGUUAUCUGCACUCCCGUUCCAUGCCGCAGGACCAUUCGAGGAUGCAGAUGGAACCACGAAAUACUUAUUAGACGAUUAUAUUUCAUCGUAUACUCUGACUCUCGGGGCACUCAUUAAUGCCAGAACUAAAACAGGCACAAGUGAACCAAAAUUACUUGUCGUUGGGGAUACCGUGUCGCUGCGAUCAACUAAACAGGAAAUUCGUAACAUCCAAAUUUGCAUGGACAUUUGCGAAUCAGACUAUACAAAACUUCUUAACCGCAGGGCAUCUCGGCGUAAAGUGAUGGAGAUGCUCCGGAGGGUCACAUGGAUCCACUUUGCAUGCCAUGGCCACCUUAAUCCGGAACCUUUCGACUCAUCGUUCCAGCUCACUGACCGCGGAUUGACACUGCUUGACAUUAUUCAAGCUAACGUCCCCAAUGCCGAGUUCGCAUUUCUCUCUGCAUGCCAUACCGCCGAGCUGUCUCACUCGGGUGUACACGACGAGGCACUCCAUCUAUCAGCUGCUAUGCAGUUCAGCGGAUUCCGAAGCGUAAUUGGGACGAUGUGGGAACUAUACGAUGGGGACGGGCCUGCCUUUGCUCGUGUGGUUUAUGAAUACAUGAAUGGAUGUAAGGAAGGUGAAUUGAAGUAUAAGAGGGCGGCUGGAGGGCUUCGAGAAGCAGCAAUAGAGUUGAAAGCGCGGGAAGGGAUUCCGACCGAACGAUGGGUCAAUUUCGUGCAUAUAGGUGCUUGA